AUGGAUAAAUACAAACGACCAUUUCCAAAGUUGCUCCUGGACAGAAAAGGCGACCUUGACUGGGGAAACUUGAAAGCGUUUAAUCUUAACAAGUAAGUUUCUCCGUUUAGGGCCAUGUCGAGUCAUUUCCAUUGUCUAUAUUCUCCCAGACAUGCAAUCCGUUGGGAAACGCCCAGACGUAAGUUGUUUAGAACCCAAACAUACACAUUUCAGUAGCGGGUUGAACCAGAUUAGAUCAACAGAAAACAUUUAAUACUCACUCCCCGACUAACACGGUCUUAGUCCAUAAUAAUCUACAUAUUCUGGCAUACACUCCAAAUGGAAAACCAUGACUGUAUUUACCUAUAAAGGUAUCCCUUAGGUUUUGUAUGUACGUGACGAAAUAUGGUAGGGUCUCCCUAGCGGGUAGGGGUCAAAGAAAGACUGAACAACGUCCAAAUCAGGGCGGAUAAAGGUUGGGCGGUGAAACGAGCGCGUCCGAGCAAAAAGGUGUGAUGCAGUGAACUGGGACUCUGCUUAGAAAUGUCGCUUGUUUUCGACUUCGGUCAGGGCUUGCGAUGUGGUUUGUACAUUAGACGUGAUUAGACAUUGUCGCUGUCACCGAAUUGUGGCAGCUUGAUUUGUUUUCUUGCACUUCUUCCUCGUUCCUUUGUGCCGGUACGCUGUCUCCGAGAGGCAAAUGUUGCUAUUUUUUGCGGGAGGUUUAGUUGGAGUAAACAAACAUCUCUUUCAAAGGGUUUCUUUUAUUACUUCUAUGACUCUACCACUGAAUCUUAUUUUCGUUCUGCUACUCGCCAAUGUCGAUGUUAUUCCAAAACAAAAACAACUAAGUACUGUCUAAAACACGAAGAAAAAUCUCAUCCAUGUCAUCCAUGGCAAAACUAAAAGACAGCAGAUCGUGUUUCAUAACUAGAUGACGUGUAUUUUAUAAAUGCGUGCAGCUCGUGCAAGAUGAAAUUAUGCUAAUUUCAAGCACCAUCAUCCUUCUUUUUAAUUUUGAAAAAAAACAUCUCAUACGUCUUUCUAUUUCUUCGAAACUUCAAAAAUUAGUUUCCCCUCAGUUUUUAUCGUUUACCUUGUUUUGUUUUAGAGAGAAAAACGGAGAAAAAACCUUACAACUAACCUCAGUAAAUUUUGUUUACAUGCAGUUGCCGGAUUUGCAACCCAUUGCGCGAAUUGCCAUGGCGCGUUGCACCCGAGAAGCAAAGUUUGAAGAAGUACAACGCCACUAUAUCAAUAUAUAUCAAUCUAAUUUUUUGUUACGUUAUAUAAAAUUUAUCCCCCUUUAACAUAUGUAAAAAUUGAGGUUAAGAAGUGUUAAGCUUUUGCAAACGAGACGGCGAAAGACAAUUAGGUGAUAUUUAGUGGAAGGAGGAGGUAUUCAACACUUUCAAAUUAAACUCAAAUUUCGGCAUUUUACGACCAACAAGUUUGACUUAUAGACGUACAGACACAAACAUAUAAAACUGUUUAUUGAUAUUGUUAUGAAACAAAUUUAUUUAUUUAACACUGUAGCCUGAAAUUACAGAAAGAAAAUAGGAUUUCCGGUUUGCAAAAAGGAAAAUUUCGCCGGCCUUAAAGCGCACCGGAAGCGCGGAAAGAGCGCUCGUGCCAGUCCUACUCCGCAUCACACAUUAAAUGAAGAGCGGAGCGCUCGUUUCACCGCCCAACCUUUAUCCGCCCUGGUCCAAAUAGAUCUUAUGCGCGAUACCCGCCGUCUUUGCACGCGCUUUAUAAGGACUGAUGGGAUAAAAAUAAUGUCACGUGGUUUCUCAGGAGGCAAACAAGUGAUACAAUUUGCCAAUGCAAGAAAUCGCGGUCGAGUUUGUUUAUUUUAGCGAACAGAAAAUGAAGAACUUUUUAUCUUAAGGCAAAUUAUCGGUGGAAAUGAUCAUUGUUACUUUUUCCUUUAGCGACCGUAGAUGUCCUCACAGCAAGUUAUGAUAACGUAUUAAAAACUUGUCGAACUUCGAAAUUUUCUUUUUUUCAUGACUAUUAAAUCAUCGUCUCGCUUGGAGAGAAUAAACAAACUCGAGCGCGAUAACUCGUAUUAGCAAAUUUUGUCACUUGUUUGCCCCCUGGAAUACCACGUGACAUUGCUUUACUCCCAUCAACCCUAAAGCGCUUGCAAGGAUGGCGGGUAACAUGAAUAAGGUCUAUUGGUUUCGUUAAUUCAAAUUUUUCUUUGAGAACCUCUAUUUCUUUCAUAUGGAAGUCAUUCCGGGAGAGAGGGGGCAGACGAAAGUUUAUUUUGUAACUUGGCUUGUUUUGUUUUAGUUUGUGUUGUUUUAAUCUGUUUACCGUUUAACAACAACCUAGAAGAUCUAAAGAAUUCGUUUAUACGGGUCCUUACCCAAAAAGCUCAAAAGAGGGAAAAACCAGGGGAGGGGAGGGGUGAACGGAGAAAUCAUUACCGGCUUAAGGAAAGAACUAGCACCGAAUCAACCGAUUUAUGCUCGUUACCUCGAACCCUGGGCUCCGAAAUACAAGCCUGUAUCAAAUCUACGCAGGGCUCGAAAAUUGGUUGAGUUCUAGCUUGUACUUUGGACAAUCAGCUGUCACAUUUUAAUUGCCAGGGGCCAAUUAUUUUUUGUCUUAGUUAAUGAUUAUUUUAGAGAUUGACUUGCCUAGCCCUUACUCAUUGGGCAAGCAUCCUUAACAGUCACUUGCGAAAACCUACUUGACUCCUUCUUGUCAAGGACAACCGGACAGGAGUUUUUGCGAGCCCUGUUGGGGUAUUAUUUUCUUCACUGCCCCAUCCUUGUUUCCCUUCCUCCCGCAGCCUGCGUAGCAGGCCCAAGAAAGAACGGGUGCGCGAGAGACACACUUCUUCUCCCCUCGCGUGUCUCCCUCUACCGCGCUCGUUCUUUCUUGCGCCCACUAUUUCCAAGCGCCUGCUACGCACGCUACUCCCCCCGGGAGGGGUUACCCUUUUAUAUAAGCCAUAUAGGUACCUUAUUACAUGAAAUUUUCGCGACAUGUUUAUUUCGCCAUUUUGAUGAGCGCACAUUUCGCGACACUUAAAUUUGCGAAAAUUGUAUAUUUUGAAUCACUUUAAUUUCGCGCUUUUGAAUUCAACAAUUUACAUUUCAUACGCAAAGUUAUUUAACAUGUCUUGGAAUUUAAAUAAAACGACCUUAUCAAAGGAACAAUAAAGUCAAAUUCAUGAAGAAAAACGCAACAGAGGGGACUUAAUGUCAACAGUAACAACAAAGCACUUCUCACAAUGUCCACAAGCAGUUCAUGCUUGUACGCAAUUAUUGUUCUUGAGUCAAUUGACCACAACAUCCAUUUACACUGAGCAUUUCAAAGAAAAGUAAAAAGUGUGAUUUGUAAACGUUUCAGUGAUAAUAAACUCGUUCUUUCUCUAUAUGUACAAAAUGUGAGUCACUUAAUUUUCGCGUCGCAUGUUAUGUUCGCGACACUCAUUGUUCGCGUCACUUUCAUGUCGCGAUUUUUUUUGUAUCGGGCUUUAAUUGCACUUCGCUUUUAAAGUACAUUAUUCCAUGCAUGGGGGGUUUUCCCACACCAAAAACCCGGAAAAACCAGACUUUUGCCGCUAUGUGAAACGGGUAAAAACAGACCUUAGCCCAUAAUAAAACGAGGGAACUACUGGAGUGCAUGGACUUAGUUUUCGUUUCAAUUCCAAUGAAGAAGGAAAUAGAAAUACGCGAAUUCGAAAUGCGUUUGAAGAAUUGUUUUGUUUGCGCUCUAAUCUAAGAAAUGAUGACUUAAUCAAUGCCUAUCUAAAAGCCAGGUCUGGAAAUGGGUAUGGAUUUUAGAGGUCUGGUCUUUAAAUGGGUGUGGAAAAGGACAAUUUUUGCUCGGAACUUGAUAGGGUUAUGAUUUGGAGAACCGGGCGGCACACCCCACCAAGAUUUCCCAGGAGUAACCCCCGGGCCCCUCCUGUUGGUCUCCCUCAACCAAUAGGCGUCCAGAGUAGCCUAUAACUCUGAGUGAGCAAAUUCCAUGUACUCUUGUCACUGCUAUUUCACCAACCAGUUUAUGUUUAGAAUAAAUAUGGUGCGAAUUUAGAUUAUCUUUCAGGUCCCACAAACCAGUCAGCAGACGAGCAGACCUGAAAAUGGUAUAUUUUUUAGCUUUCAAAGACGUUUAGUUUUCUUUCCUUUUUCAUGUCUUAUACUCAGUCAGAUACGCGCGAUCAUAGACGGAGCAGAGCUUCCAUUUUUCGCGGAAAAAGAGUUCUCAAAUGUACCAGGUCCUAAAGAUAAACCGGUCCGUAAAAAAAAUGCCGUGCCAGAGGUCUGAUAUGGGAGUUGCUCACUUUCGGUCAUGGGCUCCCAACGCCCAGUUAUAUCUUAAGCGUUAUUGUAAAGCUAAAACUUCCGAAGCUUUUUUCAACUUUUAACAUUGAACAAGCCAGGGAAAAUUGGUCGACUUCGCUGGAAAGAGCGCCAUUAAAGUUAAUAAACUUGCCUAUUUGUUAACCCUUUCACUGCCAGAGUGUUUGAGGGGGGUUGUAAGGUGACUCUAACUUUUGAGUCUAAUGGACGAAAUCCUAUGAUGUAACCAUUCAGAUGAAAGCUCUCUGCCUCUGCUUUCACGUGAUGCCAUUUGUUUCUCAAAAUAUUAGAAAAUGAAAUUUGAAACUUUGGUCGAAAUUUGCCUUUGGUCACAUUUGGCAGUGAAAGGGUUAAAAACUGACGAGGAUACACUUCCUCAAAGACGCCAAAUUUUACAGACCUUUUGUAUUGCGGGGGAAACAAUCUGGCCCACACCAUACCAGCGUCUUUAAAUUUUAGCAACUUUCCAGAGCUAUACUCUUCGCUCGUUUUAGAAGUAUCACUCUCAAAUUUAAGCUUUACUUAAUAUUUCAAGAUGUUCUUUCCAGUAGUGGUCCAUGUCAAAAGCUGAAAUAACCAUGCAAGGGUCUAUUGGUUUGUUUUGUCUACAGGUUGGUGAGGGAUUGUGCUAAGGCAACUUUGAAAGCUGGCUACAAAUAUUUUGGCAUUCAGUUCUGGGCCGAGUGUUGGUCCGGAGUGGGUAAGAUAGCCUAUGAUGCUGUUGGCGAAUCAGACAAAUGCUUUGUUCAUCCGUUUUCCCAAAAGUGUGAUGAUUCACCAUGCUUGUACUGUGCAGGAGCAAACGGAGUGAACUACGUAUAUAAAAUCAAUUCGUGAUUGCCCUCCUCAUGCAGGUAAAAUAACAAAAACCAACAACUAUAAGAUCAAUUGAGAAUUCCGGUUAACUGACUACCUACCCCUCCCCUAAGUCACUAUUUUGCCUUAAGUGAGAAGUAAGUGUUGAAGUUGACUUAGGUCGGUGGAGGUAGGGGGUAGCUACAUAGGUUGUCAGUUGCUCAGAAAAUUCAAUUGAUCCGCACUAUACAUACAUUUGUCAUUUUCCAAAACAGAGUUUUAGCAUGGGCCCAUUACCCGGAGCGAACACCAUUCAUGUACUAAAACGAUUUUAGCGCGGGCGAAUUAUCGGGAAAUGGUCAACAUAACGAAAUUGGACUGGCAAAGAUCAAAGUACACUGUUCACAGUCCCCUAUUUUUCCGUAAGAUCGCCGAGAUCGAGCGCUUUGCGCUAAGGGUAGCCAUCUUGGACGAGUCUCAAAACUACUUAGGUAGCGGGGGGUGGUAUUUUUGACACUCGUUCAAGAUGGCUGGCCGUAACGCAAAGCGCUCAAUAUCGGCGAUGUAACGGAAAAAUAGGUGACUGUGAACAGUCUAAGAUGAAAGUUUUAGUUUUCAGAUGGGAAUUGCCAUGGCAACUCCGCAAGUCUCCCGUAAAAGUAACGGUAAUAGUAAAGAGCAAAGCAACAACGAAGGCGAUGGCUACUUUUCGGAAACGCAACUUAAAAGUGAAUUCGAGCUGCUUCAAACUUUAUCCUGCUUAUUAGUCAAAUUCGUCAAAUUUUGGCAAAUUUUUCUGGAGUUGCCUUGGGACUGUGUCAAAGUUAGGGAAAAAGAAAAGGAAAGUCGUUGACUUGUGUUCAUGUCCUCCAAAAAUCCGUGAAAUUGGACAAUUUCAUGAUGUAGUCUUGCAGCGCGGGCAAAGAAAUGUACAAAAAAAAUAAUGCACCUGCCUAGUUUGCUAAUCUUAACCUUUUUUUCCCGUUCUCCUUACCGUCGUCGUCAACUUUGCUUAAGCUCCCUAGUAUUUCAAGGUGCGUUUAGCCUUUCUUUCCCCGCUUUCGCGCUUUUCUCCCUCCCCCUCCCCUCUCCUUUUUGUGGCUGCCACACAGGCUAAGAUGCGUCUUGCUACCAAACCGGGAUAGACAUUGAGCAUAUGAAUCUCAUUUGACCGCUUGGUCUCCAAAUAAGUUUUAGCUGGAAGAUUGACUACCCAUUGUCAUGAAUUAUAGGUAAAACGCACGCCAUACUUCCAGAAAGGCAAAUUUCAGGGAUCUUCGAUGCAUAUUUUAAUCGCAGAAGACCACUAAAUUUGUGAAAUGGAUAGCUUUCAAUUUCAUUAUCAUGUUUCCAUUUUUUCACCUAAUGGAUAAAUUACCAUCGUUAUUAAAUCUUUUCGUCACUCAAAAGUGACGAAAAUAAAUCUCUUCAAAGGCUUUGCAUCAUUUUUCUCUCCUCUGAGUACGUUUCCUAAGAGGCAAGGUGAAUUAAUAUUUUAUGAACAACUAUUCACGGCUAAAAACGUUGUAUUUUUCACUUAUUAAAAUACUGUACUGAUAAAUUGGUUUUGCAGGGAUCCCACAUCAAAAGGGAAGCCACGAAGCAAAGGGAAUUAAAACUGGUGUAA